AUGAAUAGAAUAUCAAACAAUAAACAAUUGAGAUUAUUUUUUAAGAAUCGUAAGCUUAGCUUACAGCAAAACAAAUCAACCAAGAUCGAUUUCAACGUGGCGCCUGCUUCCAAGUUGAUUCCAACUAAUAAGGAUUUGGCGAAGACUGAAAUCUCUGUUGUCACUGCUAACGUCACCGAUUACAAAGUUCGCGAGCAGCAUAACUUCGUCGAAUCUCAAUUGGUGCUUCCACCAAAGCAGGCCGUUCUCCUCAAGCUGUAA